AUGUUGCUGAGCGCCCUGGCACUGCUACAUUCCCAGUCUGCUGCCAUGGAGGGUCUGGAAGCCCUGACAGGCCAGAGCAGUGCAGGGUCCUAUUACUACGAUGAAGAGACGGAAGCACCUCUUUAUCUCCCCUUCUUUGAAGACCAAAUUGAGGUGAAGAAAGAACAUGCAAAGCAGUUCAUAACCUAUCUCAGAGAGCAUCGGAGUAAAAUCUGCCUUCCGGUGAUUAAGAGGCCUGACAUUGAUAACUGGGGAACUGGCAUUCAAGCUAUAGAGUCUGCUCUGCAGUUGGAAAACACAUUAAACAAGCUCCUACAAGACCUGAUGAACUUGGCUUCUCAAAAUAGUGAAACUGAUGUAAGUAGUUAACUCUGAAAGCAAGGUUAUCUUUCACUUCUGUGAAGACUUCUAAGAAAUGGGUCCA